UUCGGAUACUUGUUCCGGGCCCUUUUAUGCACCGCAAUCGGCCGUCGUCAGUCCGUCCGUCUUUCUCCUUUCUCCAAAAAAUCCGCAGACACCACUUGCUCGCGCGCUGUCUUACUCAUUUCUGCACAUGGACGGUCCAAACAAAUCCAUUUGAAAUCCGUAAACAGGUGAAAGUGAUACGCGCGCCCGCCAAUUAUCUGGUCAGAUGUACUGGACAUAACCUAUCAUAUCUGGACCAGUCGAUCUAGUAUAUAAAGCGGACUAGAUCCAAUUCAGUCAUCAGUAGUAGUAUAGUUUUACUACCAGCGACUUUUCGUCGCGUAUCGUUGAAAUAAAAGCCACAUAAACCACCCCCAGGCAUUGAACAUGGCAAAAACUUUGGUAUUUAUAGCACUUUGUGUUUUAACCAGUUGGGCACUCGAAGACCCCGAUUUAAUCCGAUACAAUGGUGAUGCCAAAGCGUUGGCACUUGGCCUCUCCCCAUCUAAAGGUUAUAGCGGUGGUUAUUCUGCCUCUAGUCAUGCUUCAAAUGGUUUUGAAAAUGCUUACAAAUCAUCUGGAAUCAUUUACUCUGCUGCCCCAGCUACCAAAGUAGCCGCGGUGCCAACACCUAAGAUCGUCGCACAAAAUUAUGCCGUAUCCGAAGGAUUGGGCCUGUAUGGAGCGAAAGCUUCAUUGGGUCUAAAUAAAGUUUCCUAUAGCUUAGCCCCAUCAAUUUCUUCUUAUUCCUCGGAUUCCAGCUAUAACUCUGGUUCUAGCUACUCCAGUUCCGCGUCUUCCAAUUUUGACGGAUAUACCUAUAACGUUCCAGCCACAAAACUGCAAGCAGUUGCUCAUCCUAUAAUCAAAUAUACGACAACCCCAAACAUUGGAUCAUUGAACCGUGGAUACUUACCGUCCUUUAUCAACACUAAAUCUUCAUACUCUUCAAGCGACGCUUCUUCCUCUUCUGGUUAUUCAACUCAAUCUUUAUACGGAAGCUCUUAUGGUAUCAAGUCCGCUCCUGUUAUUGCCUCUUAUGCUCCAACCAUCAAAGUCGCCGCUCCCGUUAUUAAAUAUCCCGCUCCAGUAGUAAAUUACCAAUCUGCCGCUAUUCAAUACCAAGCUCCAGUAGUUAAAUAUCAAACCCAAGUUUCCCAAGCACCUAUAACUACUAUCUCCCACGUCCAAUCAGCAGUCAAUCAAUAUCAACCACAAUAUGCUAAAAUUCAAGCACCGAUCGCAAAAUAUCAAUCUACAGUAUCUCAUGUUCAAGCUCCACUUGUUCAACAUCAAGCGCAAGUUACUCAUAUCCAAACACCGGUUGCUCAAUACCAACCUAUUGCUAGUAAUAUCCAUGCUCCAGUAGUUCAAUAUCAAUCUUCAACUUCUCAAAUACAACAUCAACCAAUUACUGUUCUCAAAUAUCAAACUCCAACCGUAGUUAAAUAUCAAGCUCCGUCUCUUGUGAAAUACCAAACGCCAACUGUGAUCAAAUACCAAGCUCCAACUUUAAUCAAGUAUGAAGCUCCGACUCAAGUGUCUUACGGAAUUUCAAGCUCUCAAUCAGGAGGUGAAUCAAACAAAUUCGCUUCUCAUCAUUCUUCCGGUUACACUCCAAGUAGUUACGCGCAAAUUUCUACUCCUGUUGCUGCCACUCAAUAUAUUGCCACUCCAGUUGCUACAAAACAACAAGUUGUACAAGUAGCUCCAAUUAGCUCCGGAAUCUACGCUUCCCAAUCCAGCAGUUCAUCGGGAUCCAGUCAUUAUAACAACCAUCAUGAGGAACAAAGUCAAUAUUACGAUGCUCAUCCACGCUACGCAUUCAAAUAUGGUGUGAACGACCCACACACCGGUGACAUUAAAGAACAAAAGGAAGAACGCGACGGUGACAAUGUAACUGGACAAUAUUCAUUGGUAGAACCUGACGGCAAUGUUCGCACUGUAACUUACAAUGCUGACUGGAAAACUGGAUUUCAUGCAGAGGUCACGAAUUCCAAGAAACAAUAAUAAUGUCAAACAUCGAUUAUAUUCUGUAGUCCAAUAAGUCACCCCCAUCACAAAUUAGUUUAAGCACUUCAUUUCUCAUUUCCCUCUUAUCUUCUCUUGCCGUACUUAUUAUCUUAUUCUUUACUAGUCUAACUUCAUAUCACUCUGUUAUGUAUAUUGAAUAUAAU